UUUAGCAUCAUUUUGAAAUAAACAACUCAACAGUUUGAUAAUGAGUAAGACAUUGCUGAUAAUACGAAUUUUAAUACUACAUCAAAUAACAUGGUGGCAGCUUGUUGAUGGAGUACCAGUGGAAAAAUGGUUUGAACUCCAACCCAAUCAUAGGGUCUUUAUAGAAAGAGAUUACAGGUACAAUUGGUUCCAAGCCCGCAAUGAAUGUCUACUGAAAAAUAUGUCCCUUAUAACGGUAGAUACCUCGGAGAAAAGUGCUGCUUUAACCUCUCUGCUGAAAAGGAUUUUUGAUAAACCCCAUAAUUUAUGGCUGGGUGGCGAUGAUUUGGGCCAAGAAAAUGUUUUUGUUUGGUCCUCGUCUGGUAAACGUUUUGAGUUCACCAAUUGGAGUCAUGGAAAUCCCAGCCAUAAUCGUGGUCAAGAGCAUUGCGUUAAUCUUUGGGAUGCCACCGAUUUUGAAUGGAAUGAUGCACCCUGUAAUGAACUGAAGGGAUUUAUUUGUGAAGACAAUGUUUUUAUGUUGGCAGCUCGCAAAGAAGUGGAGAGAAUGAAGAAAGUUUUAUUGGAGAUUCAUGAUGAAUGUAGUGAAUAAAGAGAAAAUUAUAUGCAUUAGA